GAAUAAUGCAGUAGGGAGGUGUGGAGGCCACUGGGCGUGUGCAUGGAAAGAUUAAAAAAAAAGAAAAAAAAAACCCACACAGAGGUAGUUCCUCCUCCUCCACCCGUUCUCGUUCCACUCCCCCUCCCCAUGUGCUCCCAGCCCCCUAGCUGACGACCGCACUGCAGAAGGUCAGAGAGAGGAGAAGAGGAGAGGAAGAGGAGGCUGAGGCAGAGACGGGCAGGGGCGGGAGUGGCUUGGAUGUACACGAACAUGCCGAGAGGAGAGCCAGCUGACAAGCCAUGACAACCAUGCUGAGUCCCAAGAUCAGACAGGCCAGAAGAGCCAGGUCCAAAAGCAUGGUGAUGGGCGAGGUGACUCGUGGCUCCUGCCAGCCGGCUUCGCCCAGCCUCCAGGAGGGGGCGCUGAAAGCUGGCUGGCUGAAGAAGCAGCGCAGCAUCAUGAAGAACUGGCAGCUGAGGUGGUUCGUGCUGCGGGCAGAUCAACUAUUUUUCUACAAAGAUGAGGAGGAAACCAAACCACAGGGCUGUAUACCACUGCAGGGAUGCCAGGUGAAUGAACUUACGGCAAACCCAGAUGAACCAGGAAGACACCUGUUUGAGAUUGUUCCAGGUGGAGCAGGAGACAAGGACCGUGCACCAAUCAGCCAUGAGUCCUUCCUGCUCAUGGCCAACUCCCAGACAGACAUGGAUGACUGGGUCAAGGCCAUACGACGGGUCAUCUGGGCGCCGUUUGGUGGAGGGAUAUUUGGCCAGCGAUUAGAGGACACGGUGCUGUAUGAGAAGAAGUUGGGCCCUCGGCUGGCCCCCCUGCUGGUGGAGCAGUGCGUGGACUUCAUCAGGGAGAGGGGCUUGGAUGAGGAGGGUCUUUUCCGAAUGCCGGGGCAGGCCAACCUGGUCAAAGAGCUGCAGGAGGCUUUCGACUGUGGCGACAAGCCCCUUUUUGACAGUAACACGGACGUUCACACGGUGGCGUCUUUGAUGAAAUUGUACCUGCGAGAGCUGCCUGAACCUGUCAUUCCCUUCUGCAAAUAUGAAGACUUUCUAACAUGCGCACAGCUUUUGGCCAAAGAUGAGGAGGAGGGGGUUCAGGAGCUUGGAAAGCAAGUUUACACACUACCUCUGCCGAACUACAAUCUCCUCAAGUACAUAUGCAAAUUCCUUGAUGAAGUCCAAUCUCACUGUAAUGAAAACAAGAUGAGUGUUCAGAACCUGGCCACAGUGUUCGGACCAAAUAUCCUUCGACCCAAGAUGGAAGACCCAGUGACCAUCAUGGAGGGUACCUCUUUAGUCCAGCACCUAAUGACGGUCCUCAUCAGGGAACACAACCGUUUGUACUCAGGGAGGGACCAGGAGGGCCUGAACGUACCCCAAGCGGAGCAUCCCUUUCAGGUACAUCAGCUCCACAACCGCAGCCUCGGUGCCUGGAUCUCUGAAGAAGACCUGCAGAGCUGCCCCGUCCCCAACCCGGAACAAGAACUGGACAGCAGCGCCUCGUCACUCGAUGCUAAACUGUGUGCUGCCGUCACGCCCACGCAGACCCCGAACCCCGUCCCGAAAUUAGGUUCUUCUUCGACGAAAGCUGAUACGGUGGUCAGUCCGAGUAAACAAGCCAAGAGUUUACCUUCUUGGAAGUACACUUUUAAAAGCUCCUCCGCGCCUCGUUCUCAGCCGCAGGCUAAGCAGAGCGGAUCGGUGCCGGACCCAAGCGGCGUGUCCUCCGGGGGGGGAAGCAGUAACUGGCUGAUGAACGGUUUGUCCUCUUUGAGGGGCCACAGGCGCACGUCCUCAGGUGAAAGGUCAACACGCGACAGGGACUCAACCGGCUCCUCCCAGAGACUUUCAACCUAUGACAACGUCACGUCCUCCUCCAGCAUGGGAAGUGUCCAGAGUGUGGCCAGCACACCCUGGUCUACUUCCUCCUGCGAGAUCUCGGGGCCAGACUCAGGAAACGGUGAGCAGAACUGCGGAGUCGUGAGUGAAAGCGCAGAUAAAGCGGAUUGGACGGACGCUCCAAGGGAGGCGGCGCGACGACGGGACGGGGAUGUGAGCGCAGAUCCCGGCUCUGAGCGGGACAGCUGCGAGGCCAUGGAGCUCUGCAGCAGCAGCGCCGCUUGCAGCGAGAACGGCAACGUGAGCACGGCCGCCGGAGUCCCAUCCAUCGUCACGUCUGAGGAUGGGGACGGGACCGAUGUCUCGCUGGGCAGUCUGGUGGACGGCCUGAAGGACCAGCUUCACAAACAGAAGGCUGCCUACGAGGCCCGGAUCAAAAAGUUGGAGGAGUCCAGCGCUGCCUUGUGUGCACACCUGGAGCAUCUGGAGCAGGAGAAGAAGAGGCAGCGCAUGCUGGAGAUAAAACUACGGAACUCUGAGCGCGCUCGCGAGGAUGCCGAGAACCGCAACAAGCUCCUGGAGAAAGAAAUGGAGGAUUUCUUUGCUACUCUCGGGGAUCUGACCACGACGACGAGGACCAGCGAUAUCUGACAGGCGGGUCGGCAAAGGACUCACGUCUUCGUUGGGAAGAAGAGAAGAGGUUUGUAAGCAAACAAAAAGGUGAGCUCAUUCAAGCGACCAAACUGAAGCACGUAUCAGGAGUUAUUUCUGCAAUGUGGACACCCCGAGGUGUGCGUUACAAGAAUGGACGUUCAUUUUGAGUGCAGCAGAGAGGCGUGGAGUAGAAGGAGCAGUUUUAUCCUAAGCGUGGAGCUUGCACUGCAGCUAGAAGUUCCUCUACUCUAGGGGUCGGAAAUGGAGGGAUUCCGGUUCUGAGAGCCUCUUCCAGACAUCACCCGGGGUCAACAUUCUUCGAUUUUCACUCGGACAACAAUAUUGAGGGCGUGCCAAGAUGGCUUUACUUUUAGCGCCCUCUACAUUUUGACGCGUUUCACAAAAUAAAGAUGACAAUGGGAGCCGCAACCAUC